AUGCCAAACCUCGAUGUCAGCGAGCUCAACACUGUCUUGGCCGUGUUGGGUGCCUUCAUCUUGCUCUACGGUAUCAUUUCAGUCCUCGUCAAGAGCAGAUGGUUUCUAGGAGAGGCUCUUCCCGCCGUCGUCAUCGGCAUCAUCCUCGGUCCCAUCGCCGCCAAAUUCCUCGACAGCUCUCGGUGGGGAUCCGCGGCUGAGGGGCAGACAAGCGACAUCACGCUGGGUAUGGCUCGGGUUGUCAUCGGAGUGCAGCUCGUCAUUGCUGGCUUCCAGCUGCCGGCCAAGUAUAACCUGCACAGGUGGAAGGAAAUGGCCCUUUGCCUUCUCCCUAUCAUGACCAUCAUGUGGUUGUGCACCACGCUCUGCCUGCUGGCUAGCGUGCCCAACAUCACACUACUCGCCGCCCUGGUCAUCGGUUCUUGCGUGACAUGCACCGACCCGAUUCUCUCACAGGCCAUCGCUAAGGGGCCGUUUGCCGACAAGUUCGUUCCCCGUCAUCUACGCGAGAUUAUUUCCUCCGAGGCUGGCGCCAACGACGGCUUCGGUUUCCCCUUUCUCAUGCUUGCCGUCUAUCUCAUCCGCCAUGCCGAUGUCCCCGGUGCCGGGGUCCAUAGCACCGGAACCGUUCGCGAGCGAGCGGCUCAGCUGGUAACUCGCGCAGGAGACGUUGGGAGACUUGGCGGGGGCGUCGGUGUUGCCUUGAAGAACUGGUUUGUCGAGACGUGGCUGUACAUUGUACUCAUGUCGGUUGUCAUUGGAGCCAUUGUCGGCUACGGUUCGUGCCUGGCUCUCAAGUUCGCCCUUCGCCGCAAGUGGGUCGACUCGGAGAGCUAUUUGCUCUACCCAACGGCCAUCGGGCUCUGGCUCGUCGGCAUUUGCGGCAUGCUCGGCACUGAUGACCUUCUCGCCUGCUUCGUCGCCGGAAACGCCAUGAACUGGGACGGCGAGUAUCUUGCCGAAACUCUGGAGCGCCACGACGAAGUCAACUCUUGCAUGGACGUGCUGCUCAAUUUCGGCGGCUUCAUGUACAUUGGCACCAUCAUCCCCUGGUCCGAGUUCCACCAACCCGAGACGACCGGUCUUACCUACGGCCGUCUCAUUGGCCUCGGCGUCCUAGUACUGCUCUUCCGGCGCAUUCCCGCCAUCUUCAUGUCCUACAAGUUCAUGCCCAAAGUGGUCAAGGACUGGAAGGAAGCCAUGUUCAUGGGCUACUUUGGUCCCAUUGGCAUUGGAGCCGUUUUCUACGUCGAGCACACCCGCCACCUGUUUCCCGAACUCGGCGAGGGCGACGCAGAGGAGACGAACCUGGUACGCGUUAUGAUCCCGGUCGUUUACUGGCUCGUGCUCUUCUCCAUUGUGGUGCACGGUCUCUCGAUUCCUUCUCUCAAUAUGAUCUACAAUUACUACGGCGUCAAGCCCAUCGUCGAAGACGCCGUCGAGCUCCCUCGCAAAUCGAUGCGCGCGCCCACGCCGGUAAAUGCUGCCGUUGGGGACCGCGAUACGUUUAUCGCGUACAAUCGCUUCUCCCGUCCGGUCUUCGACAACGCUGAUCUACCAGUGGCCAACGACAAGCAAAUGUACGCAUCAGAUAGCGAUGAGAACUUUCAGAAGACGAGGGUGGGGAAGCGGUAUUCCCGAGCCAUGGUCUAG